AUGACUGACAUCAAGCCAAUGACAUUAAAUGACAAUGCCUCCUUGUCUGUUCCAAUCCAUCACAGCAAAAACCGAAUCAUCAAUAAUACACAUUUGCCACCGACUCCCUCAAUGUCCUCCAGUGUGUCUUCUUAUAUAUCUCACAGUAAAGCCCGAGAUUUGUCGCUCAAGAUACCAAAUGGUCAGCAGCAGAGAUACGGAUCUCUUGGUAGCAGCACCCCUUAUUUAGCAUCACGGAAUUGGAAGAGAGCAGUGGAGGAGUACACACGCACAAAAAAAAGACCAUUCACACCUUCCCAUACUACCAUCAGUCCAAAUGAAGAUGAUGAGGGUCUGUAUCUGCUGUGGACUCAGCAAUUGCUUAGAGAAAAAGGGUUUACUCCUUCUCCCUGUCGCCCUGAAUUUGAAGAUUACAUGAAAAAAGACAGCAAUAAGAAAACUAGCAGCUCCUCCAAUUCACUUGAAAAUGAUGCCAGCGAUAAUGAAGAUGACGACGACGACAGCAGUGUUUCUGACAUGUCUUUUUCGUCUGACGAUGAUAUGGAUGAAGAUGAUGACAAUGAUCGCUAUAUUGCUGAGCAACGUAAGCUACUACUGAACUCACCUGCUCCAUCUGCGUUUCGAAGCCAUCAGCCAUCGCUCAUUUCUCGCUAUUCCACCAGCAAUUAUGCUGCAGAAGAGGUGACGGAGAAUGAUACAACAACAGGAUUAGAUGAUGCACCUAGUCAAAACUCUAUUUAUAGCAUGUUCAAACAAUUCUUUUCUGCCUGCUUCUAA